AUGGAGAGGUGCGAGCAGCAGGUGGCGCGCGACCUGAGCGUGGAGAACGCCGCAGCCGCUGCGGGCCUGGCCGUGCUGCACCGCUGCGCGGCACUGAGGGGUGCUGCCGUGCAGUUCAUAGCGAGCCACCCCGAGGUGCUGGCCACCGGCGGCUGGGCGCGGCUGCUGAUCCUGACUGAGGAGCAGAAACAGAUACUGGCUGGGAGGCUGAUCAUUGCUGCGUCACAGGGUCAGACCGGCGAAGUGCGGGCACUCCUGGAUGCGGGGUCGCCAGUCAACGCGACAGACGCCAGUGGCGACACUGCCCUGCAUGAAGCAGUGAUGAAUGGCCACGAAGAAACUGUCAAGUGCCUGAUUGAUGCCGGGGCAGAUGUCAACGUCAGAGACUCGGAUGGGAUGACGCCUCUGCACUGGGCUGCAUGUAGAGGUGGCGAGCAGCACAUUGUAUGGAUGCUACUGGCGGCAUCAGCUUGUGUAGAUGUCCAGGACGAUGCGGGGGAGACUCCACUCCAUGUGGCUGCCAGAUGGGGGUGUGCAUAUGCAGCAAAGGCACUUCUGCUGGCUGGUGCGAGGAGGGACAUAAGGGAUAACAGUGGGCAGACACCUGCGGAUGUGGCAGAAGCAGACGCGGUACAACUAUUUAGCACUGAACAAAUCUUGUGA